AUGCUGAUGCAGGAACUGUGGAAGAUCCAAGUCGAUUGGUCGGAGCCGUUGCCGAAUCAGUUUAACCACCGGUGGCGAACGUAUUUAAUGCACCUUCAAGACGUCUGGCGAAUCAGGAUACCUCGUCGCUGCAUCGGCAUCAGCGAUCCUGUGCAGUAUCAGCUUCAUGGCUUCUGCGAUGCUUCGCUUGAAGUCUACGGUGCGGCUGUCUAUCUCAUUGCCAUUGACGUGAACGGCAACUACAGCUCGUGUCUACUCGGCUCUAAGUCUCGGGUGGCACCAAUAAACAAACCGUCUCUUCCUCGAUUGGAGUUUUGUGCAGCAGCGUUGUUGGCUGAAUUAAUCAAGACCAUGAAAACCUCACUUCGAGUUCCAAUCCAUCGAACAAUAGGGCAUAGCGACUCAGCAACCACACUAGCAUGGAUCGCCGGCGUUCCCGCUCGGUGGAAAAUAUUUGCAGCCAACCGGGUAGCUGCAAUCAACUCCAUCAUCCCAGCAUCGGAUUGGAGAUAUGUACCAUCAAAGACUGGAAGGUUAUCACCGACACCGAUUUUCGUCAUACUGCAAGCUAAUCCGGGUGACAGCGUGGAUAAUCCGAUUCGGAGAAAAUUGUCAACUCGAACGCAGUCAACGGACAACUGGUCCUCAGUAGCAGAAGUAUUAUCAGCGCGAAAUCUCUUAGUCCGGUAUACGCAGCACCAAGCCUAUGCUGCAGAAAUAACGGCACUGGAAAAGGGACUACAAUUACCACGCCGAAGCAAGAUUCUCGCUUUAAGUCCAUUUAUCGAUAGCUGUCUCCUCAGGGUGGGCGUUGCUUCCAUCAGGUCCUUAUACUGGGUUCCACAAGGCAGAAAGUUGGCGAGGAACACAGUUUGGAAGUGCAUCCCACGUCACAGGAACAAUCCAAAUCGUGGCAUGCUACAGAAGAUCAUGGGACAACUUCCACAACAACGGCUAACUCAAGCACCACCAUUCUACCACUGUGGAGUGGACUAUGCGGGACCAAUCACGUUUGUUGAGAGAAGAUGUAGAGGCUCACCAACAACGAAAGGCUACGUCAUUGCCAUCUUUGUAUGCUUUCUAGAAGAGGGCAUUGCGGACAGCGACAACGGCACCAAUUUCACUGGCGCUGUCAACGAAAUGUGUAACUGGUAUCGGAAGAUAAACUCAUCCGAACACAACAAUCGGGUGGCAAAUUUGCUAUCAACGGGUGGAACGCAAUGGCACUUCAUCCCGCCUGGCUCGCCGCAUAUGGGAGGACUAUGGGAAGCAGCAGUGAAAUCAGCAAAACAUCAUCUCAACAUCGUGUCACGAAAUGCUCGUCUCACAUUCGAAGAGUUUGCUACGUUGCUCACUGAGAUUGAGGGAAUUCUCAAGUCACGUCCCAUUUCAUCAGCUUCGAACGACCCAAACGAUUCGCAACUACUCACUCCGGGACAUUUCUUGAUUGGGAUCCCAUAA